ACAAGACGCCGCUUUUCUGUAGAGUUUAUGUUGAAUGAAUUGAGUGAAGAGACCUAAGAAAAAAUUGCCGUUACAGGAAAAAGCACAGAAUUACAGCAGAGGUUAAUUCAAUGGAAAAAUUGCGAGAUGCUAUAAAUGCUAUUCGCCCUGCAAAGAUCUAACUCAAAUUGUACAUUUUGGUGCUUAUCAAGGUAGUGCAUUGUGCCGGUGGUUUCGAGUUCACGAAAAGAAGACCUUCCAUUCCUCAUCAAUAAGGAUCGACACCCUCGACUUGCAACUUCAGAUUUUGGUAUAAAGUUGCCUUUAAAGAGUUUACCCAGAAAUUAGACGUCGCAGUGAUCAGAAGACAGCUAAUAAUAAAUUGAGCGGAGAAUGGCAAAGUCACAGAUGCCCAGCUGCCUUUAGAUCUAGCGAAAUACCAACAAAAAUCAUCAAAUAACAGAAAAACAUAGUCGGAAACAACAAAAGCAAUAGAAAACAAACAAAAAUGGAUAAAACAAGUCUGGAUGAGUGACUUUAUGACCAUAUCUUUAGGAACUUCUCGUUCGCGGACGAUGCGAGUCGUUGAAUUUUUUAUAUUUAAGGGAUUUCAAACGCUGCAGCAGAUGCAGAUGUAGAUUUCUUAUAAAAGUUGGAGAAAUAACGAAGAAGCACUGAGAAGUUUAAAAACAGACAUUGGGAGCAGUUUGAGAUACAAAUCGAUUCUGGAAUUGCUUCAACUUCUAAAGACUGUCUGGGAUUCAGAAUGGCUGACAACGACUCCAUCUGCUUCAAAAAGUACAAACCAGUUCUUCAUGGCGAAGCAAGUUUGCCGUUGUUUUUGUUGUCCUGUGCCGUUCUUUCGGUUGUCUCAGUAGUUAGUAACUCGACAAUUCUAUUCGUCAUCAUCAGGGAGGAAAGAUUGAGGACCAUUUCGAAUUUUUUYAUGUGUUCCAUGGCGGUGAGCGAUCUUCUGUCUGGGUUGUUUGGUAUYCCAUUCAGCACAGCUUAUGUUGUGCUGUGGUCUAAAGACCUCACCGUAAAGUAUCGCUUCAUGGGCUAUCUCAGUCAUGCAUUCAUUGACUUUGCGCCCACCGCCUCGUGCCUUAACGUAGCAGCAAUGAGUAUUGAUCGAUUCGUCGCAGUUAUGUACCCUUUGAGGUACCCAUUCAUCAUGACACGACUCAAAUGCGCCCUGAUAAUAAGCUCCCUAUGGCUGAUAAAUAUAGGCUUUGAUAUCUUUUUUGUCAUAAGUUGGUUGGACAGCCCUUCAUCUGGGCCAAUGCACAUCAAUAAAGGAUUAUGGGUUAUGCUAAUUCCCUUGAUUAUCACAAUCUACUGCAAUGUCCAAAUUUACAGGGUAACGCGAAAACAUAUGAGACAAGUUAACUCAAUGAACAACCAACUUAGGGCGAACACAGYAGCCACACAGCCCAAUCCCCAAAGAAACACAAACUUGCACUUCAAUAAAAAAGCAGCGGCAACCUUUGGUAUCAUUACCGUUGUAUUUCUGCUGACUUUUAUCCCAAAUUUUGGGUUAACUGURGCGUUUUCUAGACUCAAAUUAUGUGAAGCUCUUUCCAUGCUACAAGGGAUACAGCAUGUGAGUUUGAUCCUGUUGUACGCUGGUUGUGCACUUAAYCCCCUUGUUUAUGGGUCCAGAAAUAAGGAAAUAAGAGCAUCCAUCAAAAAACUUCUGAAAAGUACACUUUGUUGCUCUUAUUUUGGUCAGAAACGUAGAAACAGUCCGUAGAAACGGUUGUGAUUCAGCUGAUUAGUUUUCAGUCAGUCUUGAAGUUCCAAAUGCUGAGGAGAUGAUAGCCUGCGUAGCCAGGCGUUCGUAGCCGCUCUGAGAGAGUUUAGGCCGGAGAAACCCAGAAGGGAUGAUGGUUUAUGUUAAAAGAGAAAGUUGGGUGGAAAAAACAAAGUCAAAUGGUCUCAACUGACAUGGAGAAUGCAAUAUUUCAUGAAGUAAUGGUUCG